AUGUCCUUCCUGAGCGAAUUCUUCCACCACCCACCAUCCCACCCAGAAUACCGAGGCCCCCCGCAGCCUCCACCACCAUGGAUCUCUGAGUACGAUUACCAAAGUCAGCGUUGGUUUUUCGUCAACCAGCAGACCGGCGAGCGCACCUGGAACUUCCCCCAGGCUCCGGGCUACAAUGGAGGCUACGGGGGUGGAGGUAACUAUCCGCCGCAACAAGAGCAGAAGUCCCACACUGGCCGUAACACGGCCAUUGCAGCCGUUGCUGGACUUGCAGGCGGUGCACUUCUCAUGCACGAGGGCGAGAAGGUGGAAGAGCACUGGCGUCGCGAUGAGGAGAAGUUCGAAUACGACAAGGACCGCUUCGAAAAUCGUGUGGACUACGAUGUAGAUCGCGUUGAGACCGACGUAGUGGACUUCCCGGACAAUGCAGCACGCUGGACGGGCGAAAAGGUCGGCGAAGUCGAAGCGAUUCCUCAGGAUAUCGAAUACGACUACGAUCGCGCGAAGUGGGACGCCGAGGCAAGGAUCGAUAAUGCAGUGCAGGACGUUGAGGAUGUGCCAGAUGACGUUGCAGGAUGGGUAGGGGAGAAAGUAGGCGAGGUAGAGCGUUUUGAUGACAGGGUCGAUGCAUAUAAAGAUGGCAUCGAGGAGAGCUAUGAUUUCGGGAGGGACGAGGCGAGAUAUGGAGAUGACUACUGA